GUAAAUGUGUGUAUAUAUACACAUAUAGUUAAAUAUACACACAAGUCUAUUUUCAUUCUAUUCCUAUAGUAGAUGUCAAUUGAGGUGGCUGUAUGAUUCACCAUAUCUUUUUCAAUAAAUAUUUUGUCCAUAGCUAACCUUGUGAGCAAACAAGACACUGUAGAUGUCUUCUCAGGAUUUCUAAAUAUUCUUCACCCCAAAGCAGGUUUAUGAAGAUGGACCAAAAACCCACAGCCACACUGCUAGAACUUGCUGCAAAGAGUCUGCUGAGUAAUGAGCCUGCAGCUAUCCAUGUGCUGAACGAAAUCCCAAGAGACCUCUUUGUUCCCUUGUUCAACGCUGCCUUCUUGGGUAGGCAUAAGCAGAUGCUAAAGGCAAUGGUGAGGAUUUGGCCUUUUUGCUGUCUCCAUAUUGGGUCACUGAAUGCUCGAGAAUCAUACUAUGAAAUCGUGGAAGCCAUGAUUGAUGGUCUGCAGAUCCUCCCAGCCCAGAACUCUUCCUCUUGGCGGCCAAAACUGAGGAUCUUAGAUUUAAGAUACGACUUGGACUGUGGGACAACAUGCUCUGAGAUCAGGACCACAUUCCCUUUCUGUCUUCAGUCAUGCAUUUACUCUCAGCACUCUAUCCUUAAAAUAGAAGAAGCUCAGAAUAAUGUCAGGUGCCUUGGGAUUGGUAAUUCAGCAUCUAAGCCUCACUUAGCUCAGGAACCGAUGGAAUUAAUAGUAGAUAUUUCCCUCAAUGGUACCUUGAGAACAGAGCAGUUUCUUUCUUUACUUCUUAGUAAAGUUGAGCAGAGCUCGGGGUCCCUGCACCUCUGCUGCAGAGAUUUGCAAAUUGAUACAGUAUCUGCCCAUAAAACUAUCCUGCAGUUUCUGGAUCUGGGAUGCAUUGAACACCUGGAAAUUGAUCAGACUUAUCUGAAUGAAGUUACCACUCUUUUGACUCAGGUGAACCACCUUAGUGGCCUCAGUCUUUCUAACAUCCCCUUUAAAUCUUAUAAGGGAAGAAAUUUCAGAUCUUUCCUCAUCUGGCUUGGGCGGCUGGACACCCUCCAGGAGCUCAGCUUGUCUUACUUCUGCCUCACAAAUCAACUGUACAAACUGCUCAGAGUCCUGCCACCUUGGAUGGAUACAUUGUAUCUAUCUUUCUGUGGCCUUUCCAACAGAGAUGUCAUUGUCCUGUCCCAGAGCUCUCAGGCCACCCAUCUAAGGGUAUUGAAUCUCAGUAACAACCAGAUAUUCUCAGAAGUUGAUGAGCCCUUCCUGACUCUGUUGGAGAAGGUCUCAGACACUCUGGAACAUCUGGAGGUAAAUAAUUGCUUCAUUACUGAUUCAACUCUCUCUGCUAUCCUCCCAGCCCUAAGUCUCUGUUCCAAGCUCUAUUUCCUUAGCUUUGCCUUCAACCCCAUUACGAUGCCUGCACUCAAAAGCCUUCUGCAGCACUUGGCACCCUUGAGGAGGCUGAAGCAUGUGAUUUAUCCUGUCCCUGUCCAUUGCUACGAUGAAUGGAAUUUUCUUGAGACUUUGGACCGGCGCAAACUUGCUGAAGCUCAGGCCCAGGUGAACGUGAUGCUGAAGGAAGUACAGCGGGAGGAUAUGAAAUGGACCUCUUGUUGUGAUUGAUUUCCACACAAGGUGUACAAGGUGUUGUUUCAACACUGACAUGUGGCCAUUUAAGCAUUCAUUGUUAUGCCUGAAGCCCGAAUUUGUAGAGACACAUAGAUAAAGUUCUACUGUUCCAGGAAACUGGAGUUAGGAACACUGGAUAUGUAACUGACCUCUAUAAAAGAGGAACUUUAAAAAGGAAAUAGAGAGGUUUGAAAGGUCCUCUGGAUGUCUUGCCCACUGCUGUCUACAUCUUCUGGUUACUAACCACAGUGUUAAGUAUGUGAAAUAAGCUAACCCAGUCAUGACACGUCAUUUCAUUCUCCACACUGACUGGCCCAUUUAUCCAUUUAUGGGCACUUGACACAAGUCAGAUCAGUUGAAACUCUAGAUGUGGUAGUUGUUGAAGCCAAUAUGUUUACCAUGCAAACUUGUAUUUCUGAUUGCCUCAGGUUGCUUCAAAGAAACCAUGUGCAAGCAAAGGAAACACACUAUGUCCACUAUCUACUGGUACCUUCAUCAACAUGUUGCUGCCUGGUUUCCCAGGUCUUAGACCCCUGGCUCAGUCUUUCCUUAUUCUACAUGCAUUCAUCAAGCAUCUGUUAUGAUUUAGGCACUGUUCCAGAUGCUAAGAAAAAGUCCCUGAUCUCAGUCAGAGUGUAAGAUGUUUCUGUGGUUUAUCAUUUUCUCCACUCUUUCCUGGAGCAUUUGAAAAAUUAUUUAUCCCCCCAUAGCCCAAUUUUCCCCCACUCUUUCCCUCACAUACUCCUCUUAAGCCAUAUUGACCUCUUCAUGCUAUUGGAUAACUGCUUAGUCCUCAGGUCAUGGCUUAAAUGUUACCUCCUCAGAUAGGUUUUCUCUUAUUUCCCUAUUAAAGUAGGUUUAUUCUACCAUUGCUCUCUCUUAAUGUACCAGGUACAUUACCUUCAUGGUACACAUUAUUCCACAUGCAUUUGCUCCCUCUUCUCUUCCAUUAGAAUUGCAUUGUUGAGUAUGGUACACACUAACCAUCUGUGGCUACUGAGCUCUAGAAAUUUGACUACUUUCCAAAGUGAUGUACUCUGAAUGUUAAAUGCACACUGUAUAACCAAGAGUUAGUAAGAAACAAAGGAUGUAGAAUAACUAAUUGAUAAUUUACUUGUACUGCUUAUGUAAUGUAAUAACAUGCUGCAUAUCCAAGACAGUAAAGGAAAAAGAAUGUCAAUUAAGCUGUUUAUAUUGUUAAAGUUGAAAUGAUAGCAUUGUAUUUCAAAGAUUUAGUAAGAAAAUAUGUUAAAAUAAUUACCUGAUUAUAUGUUUACAUGUCAAAGUGGUAAACCUUUGCAUUUUAAAACUUAUUGAGAAAAAUAAUGUAAAGUUAAUAGAUUGUUCCUCUUGUUUACAUGUUGAAAUAGUAAAAUAGAAAAUGUCAGUGAUUUGGUACAAGAAAAGAAUGGAAAUGUCAGUAGUUUGUGUAUAGUGUUUCCUUGUUGAAAUGAAAGCAGAUUGCAUUUUAAAGACUUAGUAAGAAAGAAGAAUGUAAAGGUAAUUAAUGAUGUUUAUAUCAUUUCCAUGUUGAAAUCAUAACAUACACAUUUCAAAGACAUAGUAAAAGUUUUAAAAAUUGUUUUUCUUAUUACUUAGGGGUUUAAAUGAUAAACUGCAUUUCAAAGACUUAGAGAAAAUGUAACAAUCAAUAAUUAAUAAAAAUAGUUAAUAAUU